UUAAGAGAUUUGAGUCAAUGCGUCUGCCUGUAAACUCCUUUUAUUUUAAGUAUUUUUUCUAGUAAUUACUAUAACAAGAUUACAAUACUGAUGGUGUUUGUAACUGGAUAGACGCACAAUAAAGUAGUCAGAUAUAACGAACAAAUGCAUAGCUGAGAUAACGAUAACUUAUUCUUGAACGGUACCCGAGGUUGCGGUAAUAAUCAACUACUUUCCCUCCACUCUCAUCUUCAUAACAAAUACCUAUUCAUUUAUAGAUACAAACAUACACACAUUCAUAGCAAUCCGUUUUGCUAUUCAAAUCCAGACAACUUGUAAUAACUUGUUCUUUAGUUUCCAUAAAUAAACGCGUACGAAGCGGAAAACUAUUAGUGUUUCUUUCCUAAAUAAAAAUAAAAGUAAUAUCGCCAACGAAUUAUCUUUUUUUAUUGAAAAAUUGCUGUCCUUACGUUUAGCGAAUAAACGAAUCAGUGACGUGAACACAUUCCAGCACUGAAGUGCACGACUUUGAGCUUAAACGUAAAAAGCUCUUUUUCUCAAAAUGCCGCCACAGGAAACCGAAAUCAACAGGUGCUAUCUUGUGCUAGAAAACGGGGUUGUUUUUACUGGUGUACCGUUUGGUUCUCGAAAACAAACCGAAGGAGAAAUUGUUUUCCAAACGGGUAUGGUGGGUUAUCCAGAAUCAUUAACCGAUCCAAGUUACAGAUCUCAGAUACUUAUAUUAACCUACCCAUUAAUUGGGAAUUAUGGCGUUCCGGCACCACAGUUAGAUAAAUAUGGUUUACCAUAUUUUUUUGAAUCGGAGAAAAUAUGGGCUGCAGGAUUAGUUGUUGGAGAGCAUUGCGACUUUCCAAGUCACUGGAGAAAUUCCAAGACUCUUUCAAAGUGGUUGGAGGAGCAAGAUGUUCCAGGAAUCCAAGGAAUUGACACUAGAGAACUGACAAAAAUGAUUAGAGAAAAGGGAACUAUUCUAGGAAGGAUUGUACAUCAUUUAGAUAACAAUUUGUCAACGAAAAUUAAUGAUCCAAAUUCCAGAAAUCUUGUCGAGGAAGUUUCUACAAAAAACAUUCGAACAUACAAUCCAAACGGCCAUCCACGCAUUUGUACAAUAGAUUGUGGUUUAAAAUACAAUCAAAUUCGCUGUUUACUGAAUAGAGGGGCAAGGGUAGAUGUAGUGCCUUUUGAUCAUCUUCCAAAAAUUGAAGAAUACGAUGGCUUAUUCCUUAGUAAUGGUCCCGGAAAUCCAUUAAUGGCGUCAGCAACAAUUGAAAACUUGAAAAAUAUCCUCUCAACAAAAACCAUCAAGCCAAUUUUUGGCAUAUGUCUCGGUCACCAAAUUCUCUCUUUAGCGAUCGGUUGUGCGAGUUAUAAAAUGAAAUACGGCAAUCGCGGUCACAAUCAACCAUGCAUCCAUAAAAGAACCGGACGUUGCUACAUGACCUCACAAAAUCAUGGAUUUGCAAUUGAUUCAGACUCUUUACCUUCCGAGUGGGAAACGCUUUUUUAUAAUGCGAACGAUUUCACAAAUGAAGGAGUCAUUCACAAAGAACUGCCGUAUUUUAGCGUACAAUUUCAUCCAGAACAUACAGCAGGCCCGGAAGAUUUGGAAUGUCUUUUUGACGUAUUUCUCGACUUGGCGAAAACGUAUAAAACUUCGAUUACUAACGUUAACGAUUUAGUGCAUUCUACUUUAAAGUACAUUCCUUCUGUACCACCCAGUACGGUAUUCCCAAAAAAGGUAUUAAUCAUUGGUUCAGGAGGAUUGUCAAUAGGUCAAGCUGGAGAGUUUGACUAUUCAGGCUCUCAGGCAAUCAAAGCUUUGAAAGAAGAAAACAUUCAAACGGUCCUCAUUAACCCCAACAUAGCAACGGUUCAAACGUCGAAAGGAAUGGCCGACAAAGUCUAUUUUUUACCCCUGGUCCCGAUUUACGUAGAACAAGUUAUUAAAGUGGAAAGGCCCGAAGGAAUUCUUCUCACAUUUGGAGGACAAACGGCUUUGAACUGUGGCGUGGAACUGGCUAAAUCUGGAGUAUUUGCGAAAUACGGGGUGAAAAUUUUGGGGACACCAAUCGACGCAAUAAUAGAAACCGAAGACAGAAAAAUAUUUCGGGAAAAAGUAUCUGCUAUUGGUGAGAAAGUAGCUCCAAGCGAAGCAGUUUAUUCUGUCAUGGAUGCUCUGAAAGCUGCCGAAAAGCUCGGUUAUCCCGUCAUGGCCAGAGCAGCAUUUUCAUUAGGAGGAUUAGGUUCUGGAUUCGCUAAGGACAAAGACGAAUUGAGCUCGUUAGCCAGCCAGGCACUUGCUCAUUCCAAUCAAUUAAUAAUUGAUAAAUCCUUGAAGGGUUGGAAGGAAGUUGAGUACGAAGUUGUCCGGGAUGCCUACGAUAAUUGCAUAACGGUUUGUAAUAUGGAGAACGUAGAUCCCUUGGGAAUACAUACUGGAGAAUCGAUAGUUGUGGCUCCUAGUCAAACACUAAGCAAUAAAGAGUACAAUAUGCUCAGAACAACGGCGAUAAAAAUUAUCCGCCACUUUGGGGUCGUUGGCGAAUGUAAUAUUCAGUACGCUCUAAAUCCGUCAUCGGAAGAGUAUUAUAUUAUAGAAGUUAAUGCAAGAUUAUCCAGAAGUUCGGCGCUUGCAAGUAAGGCCACCGGAUAUCCGCUUGCUUACGUUGCAGCCAAACUCUCUUUAGGUAUCUCAUUACCCGACAUCAAGAACUCGGUUACAGGAGUAACAACAGCUUGCUUCGAACCAAGUUUGGAUUAUUGCGUCGUCAAAAUACCGCGAUGGGACCUGAGCAAGUUUUCAAGGGUCUGUACAAAAAUUGGCAGUUCCAUGAAGAGUGUCGGCGAAGUUAUGGCAAUAGGAAGAAAGUUUGAAGAAGCGUUACAAAAAGCAUUUCGAAUGGUCGACGAAAACGUCAUAGGAUUCGAUCCAUACAUUAAGCAAGUAAAUGAAAACGAAUUAAAAGAACCAACAGAUAAAAGAAUGUUUGUGUUGGCAGCUGCUUUAAAGAGCGGAUAUUCCGUUGAUAAAUUGUACGACUUGACCAAAAUAGACCCAUGGUUUUUACAAAAAAUGAAGAACAUAAUCGAUUUCACUACCUCUCUAGAACAAACAGAACAACACAAAUUAGAUAAAGAAACGCUACUGAAAGCGAAACAACUGGGAUUUUCUGACAAACAAAUAGCAACUGCUGUUAAAAGUACGGAACUAGCCAUAAGAAAAUUAAGGGGUGAAAAUAACGUCUUACCCUUCGUGAAACAGAUAGAUACAGUUGCUGCAGAGUGGCCGGCCAGUACGAAUUACUUAUACCUUACAUACAACGCCGUUGCUCACGAUUUAAAUUUCGAUGAAGAGCACAUAAUGGUUAUUGGAUCUGGCGUUUAUAGAAUAGGAAGUUCGGUAGAAUUUGAUUGGUGCGCCGUAAGCUGUUUGACCGAACUGAGACGACUGAACAAGAAAACGAUAAUGGUAAAUUACAAUCCUGAAACAGUAAGCACCGACUAUGACAUGUCAGACCGGCUUUAUUUCGAAGAAAUUUCAUUUGAAGUUGUAAUGGACAUUUACAACGUUGAAUGCGCAUCCGGAAUUGUUUUGUCGAUGGGAGGUCAACUCCCGAACAACAUAGCGAUGGAUUUGCACAGGCAAGAAGCUAAAAUCCUCGGAACAUCUCCCGAAUCGGUCGACGGUGCAGAAAAUAGGUUUAAAUUUUCGCGUAUGUUAGACCAAAUAGGCAUAUCGCAACCAAGAUGGAAAGAAUUGACAAAUCUACAAUCUGCGAUAGAAUUUUGCGAAGAAGUUGGUUAUCCCUGCUUAGUACGACCUUCGUACGUGCUCAGCGGGGCUGCAAUGAACGUUGCGCAUUCCGAUAACGAUCUCAAAACUUAUCUAAAUCAGGCCAGUGACGUUAGUAAAGAGCAUCCGGUUGUCAUUUCUAAAUUUAUUUUGGAAUCGAAGGAAAUUGACGUGGAUGCCGUUGCCUAUGACGGAGUGAUUCUUUGCAUGGCCGUGUCCGAACACGUUGAAAACGCUGGCGUGCAUUCGGGAGAUGCUACGUUAGUAACACCACCUCAAGAUAUUAAUGCCGAAACGUUGGGUAAAAUUAAACUCAUCACCAAAGCCAUCGCCGCUUCUUUGGAGGUGACCGGACCCUUCAAUAUGCAAUUGAUUGCUAAGGAUAAUGAACUAAAAGUUAUCGAAUGUAAUCUACGGGUUUCAAGAUCAUUUCCGUUCGUUUCGAAAACGUUAGAUCACAAUUUUGUUGCUAUGGCUACGAAGGUCAUAAUUGGGGAACCGGUAGAACCUGUAGAUGUUCUUCAAGGUUCUGGAAAAGUUGGAGUAAAAGUUCCGCAGUUUUCGUUUUCCCGUCUCGCGGGUGCUGACUUCAUGCUGGGUGUUGAAAUGGCAUCUACGGGAGAAGUAGCCUGCUUUGGAGAAAAUCGUUAUGAGGCAUAUUUGAAAGCAAUGAUGAGCACUGGGUUCACAAUUCCUAAACAUUCUAUUCUUCUUUCAAUCGGAUGUUAUAUGCACAAAAUGGAGCUGCUGCCCAGCGUGAGGGCUUUAAGCAAAAUGGGAUACAAGUUAUAUGGUAGUUUGGGUACUGCCGAUUUCUACAACGAGCAUGGAGUAAACGUUGAGUCUGUUCAAUGGACAUUCGAAAAUAUCGACAACUUUUCAACACAAGGAGAGCUGAUACCGCUUGCAGAGUUUCUUUCGAAAAAUCAAGUUGAUCUAGUAAUAAACCUUCCCAUGCGAAAUGGAGGAGCUAGAAGGGUUUCGUCAUUUAUGACCCAUGGAUAUCGCACUAGAAGACUCGCAAUCGAUUACUCGAUUCCUUUAGUAACAGACGUGAAAUGCGCCAAACUAUUAGUGGACGCGUUAAGAUUAAUCAAAAGGCCACCUCCCGUCAAAACUGAUAUCGACUGUAUGACAUCAAGACAGUUGAUAACACUACCAGGUUUCAUUGAUGUGCAUGUGCACGCUCGUGAACCAGGCGCCACUCAUAAAGAAGACUUUUCGUCAUGUACGGCAGCAGCCCUUGCAGGUGGCAUAACACUCAUAUGCGCCAUGCCCAAUACAAAUCCAGCAAUAGUCGACGAAGAGUCCUUCCAGUUGGUGCAACAGUUAGCAAAGGAGAAAGCACGAUGCGACUAUGCAUUGUAUGUUGGAGCUUCGGCAUCAAACGCUAAUUCUAUUGGCGAGUUGGCACCACAAGCCGCUGCAUUGAAGAUGUACCUGAACGAAACGUUCACGACACUUAAACUUUCCCAGUUGACCCAUUGGAGUCAGCAUCUAAGUAGCUGGCCCAAGAAGGCGCCGCUAUGCGUCCAUGCCGAAGGACAAACAACGGCAGCUGUUCUAUUUUUAGCCAGUAUUUAUAAUAGACCGAUUCACAUUUGUCACGUUGCCACUAAAGAAGAAAUCUUAAUAAUAAAAGCGGCAAAAGAAAAAGGCCAUAAGGUUACCUGUGAGGUGUGUCCGCAUCACUUGUUCCUUUCUACAAACGAUAUACCAAAAAUUGGACACAACAAAUGUCAAGUGCGACCUCAGUUGGCUACACCAGAAGACCAGCAAGCGUUGUGGGACAAUCUUCACAUCAUAGAUUGUUUUGCUACCGAUCACGCGCCGCACACUUUAGAUGAGAAAAACAGUGAAAAACACCCUCCAGGUUACCCUGGAUUAGAAACAAUAUUACCUCUCCUUUUAAACGCUGUAAACGAAGGAAGACUUACGUUGGACGAUGUUAUCAACAAAUUCCAUAAGAAUCCUAAGAAAAUCUUUAACCUGCCCGAUCAGCCAAACACAUACGUCGAAGUCUAUAUGGACGAAGAAUGGACAAUACCAGAAGCAACAAAAUAUAGUAAAGCGAAAUGGACACCAUUCGCCGGACGCAAAGUAAAAGGCUAUAUUCAUCGGGUAGUACUUCGUGGUGAAGUCGUAUAUGUUGAAGGGCAAGUCUUGGCCCAACCUGGCUUUGGCCAAAACGUUAGAGACACGCAAUUCAAAAAACCUCCAGUCGUUGUAGGGCAUUGUACUGUUGAAAGUAGACCACCAUCGAGUUUAGAGCGACCCUUAUCGCCCACUUUCGAAAGAACCAUCGAAUAUGAUACCGACGGACAAACCAACGAAAUAUUUUCUAAACUUCUAUCAGAACCACCGAAAGUUCAGUUCUCCCUCGAUCACUUCCAUCGUUCAAAAUCUAUUUCUCCAACGCCUUUCCAGUUUGGCACUCUUUCCAGAAUGAAGAGCGAGAGCAAUCCAAAUCUGGUUUAUGACAUACAUCAACCCCCAUCGUUUUCUCAAGUUCUAUCAUCGAAACAUAUUAUUUCCGUGGAUAUGUUUAACAAGGAACAACUCAAUAGCAUUUUCAACCUCGCACAAUGGUUCAGAAAUUGCGUAUUGAAAGACAAACCAUUGGAUCAUAUUUUAAAAGGAAAAAUAAUGGCAUCGAUAUUUUACGAAGUAAGCACAAGAACGAGUUGCAGUUUUGCUGCUGCAAUGCAGAGGCUUGGAGGAAGUGUAAUUUACAUGGACGAAACGAGUUCUUCAGUCAAGAAAGGCGAAACUCUAGAAGAUUCUAUAGCAGUUAUGGCAGGAUAUGCAGAUGUUGUAGUUUUAAGGCAUCCUGCUCCAGGAUCAGUAGUUAAAGCUUCUCAACAUUGUCGAAAAGCUCUGAUAAACGCGGGAGAUGGAACAGGAGAGCAUCCAACGCAGGCCUUGUUAGAUGUAUUUUCUAUUCGGGAAGAAAUCGGCACCGUCAACGGGUUGACUAUAACUUUAGUGGGAGAUUUAAAAAAUGGCAGAACAACUCAUUCUCUGGCACGACUUUUGACGUUGUACAAUGUGCAAAUUAAAUACGUCAGCCCUCCUAAUCUGAAGAUGCCCCAGCAAGUUGUCGAGUUUGUUGCUUCCAGAGGAAUUCCACAAGAAGAAGCCGGUAGUUUAGAACAAGUUUUACCAGAAACUGACGUCUUAUACAUGACAAGAAUUCAAAGGGAACGAUUCGCAUCAGAGAAAGAGUACGAAGAAGCUUGCGGUCAUUUUGUUGUAACACCCCAAAUAAUGACCAGAGCCAAGAGGAGAAUGGUGGUGCUUCAUCCGUUGCCUAGAGUAUUUGAAAUUAGUCCUGAAUUUGAUACCGAUCCCAGAGCUGCUUAUUUCCGCCAAGCUGAAAGAGGAAUGUACGUCAGGAUGGCCCUCUUAGCUAUGGUCCUAGGCAAAUGCUGAUAUCGUUUUAUCUCCUACAAAUAUCUAUAGGUACCUAUACUUUUGAAACAAUAAACGAUUGACCACAA